GCCUUGGGUUAUUCUUUUGGUUUUUUUACUUGGUUUUAGAAACUGACAGACGUCACCAGAAUGCGCUCUCACGGCCCAUGCUCAAUGUGUACACCUGGUUCCCGACUUCUGUGGCAUGUCCAUGGUCGUAGCAAACCAGAUUCUAGAGGGAAUCAGGUCAACCAAGAAAACCCGGCAAGAGAAGGCAUCGUCUCUGAGCGAACGGACUCUCCGAGGAACGCCAAGUAGCGGCCCGUCAAUUGCCUCUUAUACGCCAUCCUCCCACGGGUCCCAGGUCGUCUCCCCCGAGGCGACGGAAGCUGCGAAGCUCAUGUACACCCAGACGUCGCCACAACGCCCCGGCUCAGAUCGCCCUUCGACUUCCUCGACCACCGCAUCUGCUGCAGCCGCCGCAGCCAUGUCGCCUAAACCCACCACUCCGACCCAAUCGCAGGCAGGCCAGAUUCCGGACUUUGGCCCCGGGCAUUAUGGUGCUCCCGGUGGUUACGGACGCCCUACGCAGCAAGAGGAGAACCAAUACGGUGCGUCACCACAGCAGCAGCAGCAGCAGCCAUACGGGCAGCAGCCACAGCAGCGCAAAUACAACCCGGCCGAUUACGCCAACAUCGGCGUGCAUCCCGGCCAGCCGCCUGCCCAAGCCCGCCCAACGCCACAGCAGGUUGCCCAACAGCAGUAUGCGCAGCAGCAGAUGUACCAGCAACAGCAGCAGGCACCUGUCGCGACGCCCAAGCCGCAACCCGCCCCAGUCCAUGCGGAACCGCAGGUAGCUGCUGUAGCGGGGAUCCCAGGGCCAACCAAGAAGCCCCUCCCGUCCGCCACAGAUCCCGGCACGGGUCAGCGGAUUGGCCUUGACCACUUCAACUUCCUCGCCGUCCUCGGUAAGGGUAACUUCGGUAAGGUCAUGCUUGCCGAGACGAAACGCUCGCGCAAGUUGUACGCGAUCAAGGUGCUUAAAAAGGAAUUCAUCAUCGAGAAUGACGAGGUGGAGAGCAUCAAGUCGGAGAAGCGCGUCUUCCUGGUUGCCAACCGCGAGCGGCAUCCCUUCCUGGCCAACCUCCAUGCGUGCUUCCAAACCGAAACGAGAGUGUACUUUGUCAUGGAGUACAUUAGUGGUGGCGACUUGAUGUUGCACAUUCAGCGGGGCCAGUUCGGGACCAAGAGGGCUCAGUUCUACGCCGCCGAGGUGUGCCUGGCACUCAAGUACUUCCACGAGAACGGAGUCAUCUACCGUGAUCUGAAGCUCGACAACAUCCUUCUCGCACUCGACGGCCACGUCAAGGUUGCGGAUUACGGGUUGUGCAAGGAGGACAUGUGGUACGGCUCUACAACUAGCACUUUCUGCGGUACCCCCGAGUUUAUGGCACCCGAGGUAUGUACCCAAAGAUGGUAUGCGUUACCCAAAGGUUUCUGUUCUAACAAGGACAACUAGAUUCUGCUUGACAAGAAAUACGGUCGCGCGGUCGACUGGUGGGCGUUUGGCGUGCUGAUCUACCAGAUGCUACUACAGCAGUCGCCGUUCCGCGGCGAGGACGAGGACGAGAUCUACGACGCCAUCCUGGCGGACGAGCCGCUCUACCCGAUCCACAUGCCGCGCGACAGCGUGUCGAUCCUGCAGAAGCUGCUCACGCGCGAGCCGGACCAGCGCCUGGGCAGCGGGCCGACCGACGCGCAGGAGGUCAUGUCGCAGCCCUUCUUCCGCAACAUCAACUGGGACGACAUCUUCCACAAGCGCAUCGCGCCCCCGUUCCUGCCGCAGA